AUGGCCACGAAACCAGUGGACAAGUUCGGCCCUAAGUUGGUCGAAAAAGCCGACAAGAUCCAAUCUCGAAUGGCGACGAAUGAAGAUCACUCGAAGCCCGCCGGAGGAUUCGAUGCGACUCCCAUCCCCAAAGCCCCGCCGGGUUAUACCGUCAAGUUUACCUUCCACCGCGGCCAUGAUCUCCCUGUCGCAGAUUUCGGUAGUUUCUCCUCGGACCCUUAUGUCCAUGCGCAACUUCAGGUGGACCUUCCGCGACGCCAUAAACAAGAUCCUAUCAUGACCUUCCGAACCCCGACUGUGCGCAAAAACAUGAACCCAAUAUGGAAUUGUGAAUGGGUGGUCGCAAAUGUACCUGCGUCAGGAUUUCUCCUCAAGGCGUACGUGAUGGACGAAGAUCCCGCGGAUCAUGAUGAUAAACUGGGAAUCGCAUUCAUCGAAGUACCUUCAUUGUCGGAAGGGUGGGCCGGGUUCAAGGAACAGUCGUUCAAGAUCAAGAAGCGUUUUGGAAGCAAGCGAGUCUAUGUCUUUACCAACGUCUCGGCCUUCGCCACGGGUCACCACAAGGAGUCUUUCUUGAUCAUGAGUAUUGAAUGUCUAGGGAAAACACCCGGGACUGACGGCGGCCAAUUGUAUACUCUUGGUCCGAACCACUGGUUUAAACACUUCUCCCCCCUCAUCGGAAGAUUAGCGGGAGUGAAGGAUCAAAUCCAAAACCACGAUACGAAUGGCAAGCCAGUCAGUCGAUAUAAUUUUCAAGCCAUUCAAAUGCAACUCACUGGUCCUGUUCCUUCUGACCUUUAUCAUCGAUAUGUGGAAUUCAGACCAUUUGUGGCUGGCAUGUUUCAAGCGCAAAGCCUAAGGGGGCGAAUCCUACACAAGGCACUUCAUCAUCAACACCAGCGAAUUUACAACUUCGAUCGCAGUACCAUCGAUGGAACCUUUCCCGAGCCCUGUCGAGAAUUUGCCCAGAAAUUCCUCGAGUUUACUAAUUGGGGACAGAACGGACGAAUUUUCACCUAUGUGAUCACCUUGGACGGACAGUUGCGAUUCACAGAGACUGGCAAGGAAUUCGGAGUUGAUCUAUUGAGCAAACAUACAAUGCAUAGUGAUGUGUCGAUUUAUAUUGCUUACUCGGGAGAAUUUUUCGUCCGCCGGCGCAUUCAUCGUCAACGACGUUCCUCUCCUUCAUCGCGAACUGGGGAUAACGAGACUGAUAGCUUCCCGGUAGAAGAGGACGAUGAGCCUUUGGAAGAAGUUCAACAGAUCUCCACCGAACCAUCCGACUAUGAACUUUUCAUCGACAACGAUAGCGGGACCUAUCGUCCCAACGCGGAGAAGUUGCACCUUUUGAAGGAGUUCAUCGCGUCAAAUUUCCCGGGUCUCAAUGUCACGACAUUAGAUUGUCAGGCAGACGCUGAGCGUAUGGGCCAGUUAAAAAACGAGCAGCGGGAGGUAAAACAGUCACAGGGCCAGCUUAUCACAUACCUUCAGCAGAGCAGUGUCUCCUCCCUUUCCAUCUCCAGCUCGGAUGAAGACGAGCUCAAUGAACGUAGCGGGCAGAAAGCACCGCGAGGGGAUCUACAUCGGAAAGUCCACGAGAUGCGCGACGUGAAGGGUCAAAUGAUGAAAUGGGUCGAGGCUGAUGGACAUGCUAAUCGGUCUAAACACCGCCUUGUUACUCGGGAACGAGCAGCGUCGGCUGGGGAGAUUCGAUCGUCUACGGCUCCAUCCAAAGCUGAUGCUGCAACUUGA